AUGCAGUUGCUGCAAGCUGUCCUACUGCUAUUCGUUCUGCCCAUUCAUGGCCAGGAUACCACGAGUGAAGGGAUAGAAGUCCUGCCUCCUCUACCCAAGGGGGCCUGCACAGGUUGGAUGGCAGGCAUCCCAGGGCAUCCUGGCCACAAUGGGACCCCAGGCCGUGAUGGCAGAGAUGGUGCCCCUGGUGAGAAGGGUGAGAAAGGAGAUCCAGGUCUUGUUGGUCCUAAGGGUGACACUGGUGAAAUCGGAGUGACUGGGGAUGAAGGUCCCCGAGGCUUUCCGGGAAACCCCGGCAGGAAAGGAGAACCCGGAGAAGGUGCCUAUGUAUAUCGUUCAGCAUUCAGUGUGGGAUUGGAGACCAGGGUAACUGUCCCCAAUGUUCCCAUUCGCUUUACCAAGAUCUUCUAUAAUCAGCAAAACCACUAUGAUAGCACCACUGGCAAAUUCCACUGCAACAUUUCUGGGCUGUACUACUUCUCCUACCACAUCACAGUCUAUCUGAAGGAUGUGAAGGUUAGCCUCUUCAAGAAGGACAAGGCUGUGCUCUUCACCUAUGACCAGUACCAGGAAAAAAAUGUGGACCAGGCCUCCGGCUCUGUGCUUCUCCAUCUGGAGGUGGGUGACCAAGUCUGGCUCCAGGUGUAUGGAGAUGGAAGUCAUAAUGGACUCUAUGCAGACAAUGUUAAUGAUUCCACCUUCACAGGCUUCCUUCUGUACCAUGAUACCAACUGA